AGCACCCUCCCCCAGCCAGAUGUGCGCAAGCAUCUAUCUCCAGUCGGCACCUCUGGCUUCAGAUGAGCCUCCUGCAGGCAGGCACACGGACAGCCAGAGGAAUACCACAGCUGUGCCUCUGCCUCUGCCUCUACCGCGCUGCAGACGCGCGUCCCCACUGUCUACGCUGAGCCUGUGCAGCAGCGGCUGCAUUCACUCUGCUACCGCCCUGCUUGUUGUAUUUCGUCGCUCCCAGAAAGAAACCCGUCUGUACCCCACUCAUACAGGCGGACCUGUUCACAUUUUCACUGUGGAUUUUAAAUCUUUACAGGAGACCGUGGAUUGGAACUGAUUAUUGCGCGUAUUGGAUACAUUUGAGCGGAAUCACUGUUAGGUUAUUGUUUUUCAAGGUUGGAGACAGUAUGCUAUAUUGAUAUCUAAUCUGCGUGAUAUUGGUUAAUGAUUGAGAAGCACGCGGAGGGGCGUGGAAUUCAUUGACAUCGAUUUGGUCUCCUUGUGUGUAAAACAACCGAGAUAUUUUCUCCCCACUCCUCCCUUCCCUCACCUUCAGCAUGACUUCUCUGUCUGGGACCAAAGAGAGGUCUGUGACCAGCAGGAGCAGAACAUACGGGAUUACCGAUACCUCUCCGACAAAAUCAGCCUCCUUCUCCCCGGAGACAUGGUACAGAAAGGCCUACGAGGACUCCCGGACCAGCAGCAGACCCGCUCCAGAGGGAGUCGGCUCCAUGCCUAGCUCCACAGGCACCCCCUCCCCAGGAUCUGGCACCUCUUCCCCAGGCUCUUUCUCUGGUUCCCCCGGGACCAUAUCCCCAGGGAUCGGGACCUGUUCUCCCGGGUCUCUGGGUGGAUCGCCAGGUUUCGGUACAGGUUCGCCCGGCUCUGGCAGCGGGAGUUCCCCUGGUUCUGAGAGAGAGAGGGGGAUAUGGUGUGAGAACUGUAACGCCCGGCUGACAGAGCUGAAGAGGCAGGCGCUGAAGCUGCUGAUUCCCGGCCCCUACUCCAGCAAGGCAUCAUACGGGCGACCCAUAGGCAAAGACCAUAAGACAUCACUAUGGUGUAAGACAGGGUUUCCAAAACUUGGGCCUUGCCUGAGGGGUCGAGCCACACGCGGUCGAGCCCCACGCGGUCGAGGAUCGAGCCCCACGCGGUCGAGCCCCACGCGGUCGAGCCCCACGCGGUCGAGGGUCGAGCCCCACGCGGUCGAGCCCCACGCGGCCGAGCCCCACACGGCUGAGUUUGGGAAACCUGGUGUACUAUUCUUUUCUGUGUCCAUGUGA